AUGGCCGACGCUCUCAAGGCUGCCGCAACAUCUGCAUCCACGUCGAGGAAGGAUGCCAUCUUGUCACGACGGUGGAUCGAAGGUCAGAUAGCCGAAGGCAAGCAUGUUCUUGUCUACGACGGCCGCGUUUUGAAAGUCGACGCAUGGAUCAAAUUCCAUCCGGGUGGUGACAAGUCGAUCAAGCAUAUGGUGGGAAAAGAUGCGACGGAUGAGAUCAAUGCGUUACAUUCAAAGGAAGCGCGCCAGCGGAUGUUGUCCUUCCAGAUCGGACGCAUCCAGGGUCCGUGGUUAAACUUCCUCCCACCGAUUCAGGGCGGGAAGUUCCGCCCAUAUACCGAGGCAACUUGCACGUCAGAUGAAGACAGUUCUAGUCAGGACAUGUCUACACCGCCGUCUCCGAUUUUCGAUUCAGUCGACGCUAAGUCCGGCCUCCGCCGGCGAAAGUCUGUUUCCUCGGAUACGUCCGUUUCCACCUCAGCUACCCCAGAGUUUGAGCCAAAGCCAUUCUUCCUCGACGCUCGAACCCAGGAAGAGAUCGUCCUUGAUGUUGCCAAGUACCCGUCAUUGGAUACCGAAAGCCAGGAGAAUAUCAAGAAGCAAUAUCGUGCGUUAGACCAGCGGAUUCGCGAUGAAGGCCUAUACGACUGCAACUAUUUCGCUUACUUCAUCGAAUGCUGCCGCUAUACGCUCUUUGCGGCUCUGUCUUACCUAUUCCUCCGGUUGGGUUGGUAUGCCACCUCGGGAUUCUUUUUGGGAUGCUUCUGGCACCAGCUCGUCUUUACCGCCCAUGAUUCAGGCCAUAUGGGCAUUACCCAUCAUUUCCACGUCGAUAGUGUGAUUGGCAUCAUCAUCGCCGACUACCUUGGAGGUCUAAGCCUAGGAUGGUGGAAGCGCAACCACAAUGUCCACCAUAUUGUGACCAAUGCACCUGAGCAUGACCCCGAUAUCGAACACAUGCCCUUCUUUGCCAUCUCUCACCGUUUCCUCACCAGUCUCCGCAGCACGUACUAUGAACGUAUUAUGACGUUUGACGCUUUUGCCAACUUCAUGCUGCGCUAUCAGAACUACCUUUACUAUCCGAUUCUCUUGUUUGGUCGCUUCAACCUGUAUCGCCUGAGCUGGGUAUAUCUGCUGUGCGGUCAAGCGCCGAAAAAAGGCCCCGCUUGGUGGCACCGGUGGUUCGAGCUGGGUGGCCAAGUCUUCUUCUGGUAUUGGUUUGGGUACGAUCACUCUCUCCCAUUUUGCCAUGUCGACGGCGACCUAGGUGUCCACGAGUCCUUCCCCCAGAAGAUGCUUCGCACCACCAUGGAUGUUGACUGCCCAACCUGGCUCGACUUCUUCCACGGCGGUCUGCAGUUUCAGGCCAUUCACCACCUGUACCCACGCAUCCCACGCCACAACCUGCGUCGUACCCAGAAGUUGGUCAUGGAAUUCUGCCGUGACACUGGCAUCCCGUAUGCCGUCUUCACCUUCUACGAUGGCAACAAAGAGGUUAUCGGAAAGCUUGGUGAUGUCGCGAAGCAGGUCCGUAUUCUUGACGAAUGCCGGAAGUCUUGCGCCCAGCAGGGCGUCUUCUCAGACCACCACUAG